AUCUACCAGUCUCACUGAAACAUCUCACAUCACUGAAUCUAUUAAUCCAACAGAUUCAAUAAGCAUAGCGACUUCCUACAGUACUGAAGCCACUACAGAGAUGUCUUCAACUACCCUAACCAGUAGACAACUGGAAUCUACUAGCCAACCUGAAUUGACAAACACAGAAACAUUUUCUCUUCCAUUUUCCAGUAGUCAGCCAGUAACAAAUACUGAUAGUACCAUCAUCAUCAGCACAAGUGGCCAAUUAGAAAUUACCAGUAACACUGGACCAAUCUCAAUUACAGAUUCCAACACCGAAUCAACAUCAGUGACUACAGAAAUGUCUUCAACCGAUCAGACCAGCAGACAAUUGGAAUCCACAAGCAACCACGGAACUUCUAUCAUUACUGAAUUCAGUAUCAACACUGAAUUGGCAACCACAAAAGCAUCUUCCCUUCCUGCAUUCAGUAGUGAACCAGUAACAAACACGGAUACUUCCUACGGCACCAGCACACUAAGUCAAUCAGAAAUUACCAAUAACAUAGCAACAGUUUCAAGUAGUCCACUUGCCUCAACUGACACUGUGAGUUCUUACAGCUCUGUAAGUAGCAGCCAAUCAGAAUUAACUAGUAACAUAGACAUUUCUUUUACCACUGUAACCAGUAGCAAAACAGUGUCAGUUAACACAAUAACUUCUUCCAUUGUUGAAUCCAGUAGCCAGCCAGCAACAGCAGAACUUGAUGCCUCUCAUAGUACAGAAUCCAUCAAAAUCACAACAUCUGUAAUAAAUGAUUUCAGCAGUCAACCAGUAUCAACAAACACUACUUCUAAUGAGGGAACCAGUACCCAGUCUGAAAACAGCAGUAGUACAAGAAUAUCUUUCAUCACUGAGUCUAGUAGCCAACCAAUGUCAAGCUCAACAGCAACCUAUAGCACAACCAAUAUCCAAUCAGAAUCUUUAAGUAGCAUAGGAGUGUCUUCAUCAACAAGUAAUGGUGGAAUCCCUUUCACUACUGAGAUCAGUAGCCAAUCUUAUUCAACCAACACCAGGGUUUAUUCAAGUGCUGAAAGCACAAGCCAACCAGUUUUCACCAGUAAUACUGGAACAUCUCCCAUUACUAAUCCAAAUAGCGAACCAACUUCAGCUGGGACUUUAUAUAGUACUGAGGAUAACACUCAAUCAAAAUCAACAAAUAUCGCAGAAACCUCUUUUAUUAAUGACACCAGUAGCCAACCAUCAACAUACACUGUCACAACUGCUAUCAAUGGCAUUAGUAGUCAGCCAGAAACCUCCAGUAACAUUGGAACAUAUGCCGAAACAGAGUCUACUAGUCAACUUCUUGAAACAUACACUACUAGCAGUCAACAAGGAUCAACAAGUUAUAUUCCAAUAUAUACAAUUACUGAGACCAGUCAACAACCAGUAACAUCAGGUUUGACCUUAACUAGUGCUAAAACCGGUAGUCAACAAGUGUUCACCAGUAAUGCUGAAACAUCUCACAUUACUCAACCAUCUUCAGCUGGGACUUUACAUAGUACUGAGGAUAACAGUCAGUUAGUAUCAACAAAUAUCCCAGAAACCUCUUUUAUUGAUGGCACCAGUAUCCAACCAGCAUCAACAUACACUGACACAAUUUCUAUCAGUGGCAUUAGUAGUCACCCUGAAACCAGUAGCCAACCAGAUUUAACUAACACUAUGGAUUAUUCAAGUGCUGGAACCAGUAGCCAGCCUGUUUUCACCAGUAAUCCUGAUACAUCAUUUAUGACUCAGGCAAGUACCCUAGCAACACCAGCUUUCUACAGUACUGAGGCUAGUAGUCAACCAGAAUCAACAAGUAAUCUAGAGACAUCUUCUAUUGUUGAAACCAGUAGCCAGCAAACAUCAAAAAAUAUUGAUGGAACCUCUUUAAUUACUAAAGCCAGUAGCCAACCAGAUUUUACCAACACUAUGGAUUAUUCAAGUGCUAGUAUAAGUAGCCAAGCUGUAUUCACCAGUAAUUCUGAGACAUCUUUUAUCACCCAGACUAGCAGCCAACCAAUAUCUGCUGUGACUUUUUACAGUACUAAGGCUAGUAGUCAAUCAAGACCCACAAGUAAUCUAGAGACAUCUUCUAUUGAUGAAACCAGUAGCCAUCUAACAUCAACAAGUAAUGUUGGAACCUCUUUCACUAGUAAGACCAGUAGCCAAACAGAUUCAACCAAUACUAUGGUAUACUCAAGUGCUGAAACCAGUAGCCAACCUGUAUUCCCCAGUAGUACUGAGACAUCUUUUAUCACUCAGACUAGUAGACAACCAACAUCAGCUGUAACUUUUUACAAUACUUGGGCUAGUAGUCAGUCAGGACCCACAAGUAGCCAAGAAACAUCUUCUAUAAUUGAAACUAAGAGCCAGCAAGCAUCAACAAGUAAUGGUAGAACGUCUUUCACUACUGAGACCAAUAGCCAUACAGGUUUGUUCAGCACUGGGAUACCUUCCAUUACUCAAUCUAGUAGCAAACCAACUUCCUUUUACACCAGUUUGACUAGUAGUCAAUCAGGACCCACAAAUUACUUAGAAACAUCUUCUCAUGAUGAUACCAGUAACCACCCAGUAUCCACCUUUAAUACAGAAACAUCUUCUAGCCAACUAGUUUCAACAAAAAUUGUGACAUCUGGUGCAGAAAUUAGUAGCCAAGUACCCCCCAUCAUAAGCACAGAAACGUCCAGUAGCCAGCAAGCUUCAACCAACAAAAUUAAUUCUUACAGUACCGUAACAAGUUACCAGUCCCAAUUCACUAGUUUUGGAUCCAGUAGCCAACCAAUAUCUUCCAGUAAUGUUGGAACAACUUCCUUUACUAGUACCAGCAAUCAACCAGCAUCUACAAGUAGAACAGAUGCAUCACUAAUCAGCAAGUCUAGCAGCCAGCAAGCUUCAAGCACCAAUGUUUCCCCUUAUGCUACGGAGACAAGUAGUCAAAUGCUGUUCACCAGUAACACAGCAAUGCCCUCUGUUAAGUUAAGUACCCAUAUCACAUCUUCAAAUACUGAAAUCAGUAGCCGAGCAGCAUUUACCAGUAACAAAGGAACAUCUUUAAUUGAUGACUCCACUACUCAAGUAACAAAAACCUCUUCUAAUGGUGAGACGAGUAUCACAUCAGCACCCACCUAUAGCCCAGCAACAUCAUUUAUUACUGGUUCUAGUAGCCAACCAGUUGCAACUAGCAUGGAUUCUUCUUUUAGUGCUGGAGCCAGUAGUUCAUCAACAUUCAUCAAAAGUACAGGAAUAGCUGAGACAAGUAGUCAAGUGACAUCACCAAACACAGUUACAUCUUCUAACAUUGGGACCAGUAAUCAACCUCUAAGCAGCACUAGUACAGGACAAUCUACUGUUAGUCUACUCACAUUUAACACAGUUACUCCUUCCAGCACUUGGGCUAGUCAGUCAGCAUCUUCAAGAAUAACAGGAUCUUCUUCCAGAAGCCCUACAACCUCUUCUCUAACUGCAAUCAGUAACCAACCAACAUCAAGUAUUUACACAUUUAUAACUUCUAAUCAAACUGGCUCAACCAUUAACAAAGAAAGUACAUUAAGCAGUGAAAAAACAAGCCAACCACUAACAAGCAGUGACAAUAGGAUAAGUAGCCCAACAAAAACAACGUUUUCAAAUACCGGAUUUAGUACUGAACUGAAAACAACCAGUAGCAUGAUCAUUUUUUCCAGUACUUCAACCAGUAGCCCACCAGUUUCAACUAUUGUCACAACUUCACAUAAAGGUGAAAGUAGCCAACCGCUAUCAAUCAGUACUUCUGUCACUUCUUCAAUUACUGGGACCAGUAGCCAGAAAGUCUCAACCCAUAAUUUAUUCUCACUUUCCAGUACUGGUAUAAGUAGCCCACACUCAUCAUCCAGUAACAUACUGGCCUCUUCAAGUACUGAGGCCAGUAGCCAACAAGCAACAUUUAGUAACACUGUGACUUCUUCCAAUAUCGGGGCCAGUAGCCAAACACUAUUUACCAAUAACAAUGUGACCUCCUCAACUACUGAGACAAGUAGCCAACCAACAUUGUCCAGUAACAUAGAGACUUCAUCCAGGUCUGAGACUAGUAACCAUCCAGCAAUAACAAGUAGCAUGGUAACAUUUUACAGGACUGCAACAAGUACCCAAACAGCAACCCUCAGUAAUACAGUAACUUCUACUAAUACUGGGGUCAGCAGUCAACCAGUUACAGCAAUUAGUAAUUUGUUAAGCACUUCCAGAAAGGAUACCAGUAUAAAUCCAUCAACAAACAUGAGCACCAUAGUUGUUUCUUCAAUAACUGGGUCAAAUAGCCAAUCAGUAACACCCAUAGGAACAGAGACAUUUUCGACUUUAAACUCAGCAACAUCAAGUAGCACCGACAUCUCUUCUAACACUGCAACUAUUGUAAAUCCAUUGUCAACCAGUUACAUUGCUUCUUCCUCUACAGGAAUUAGCAAACCCACAAUAACCAAUGUAACAAGUGGGCAACCAUCAACAUUCAUUAACACAGUGACCACUUUUAGUAAUGUGACAUAUAGCCAACCAGCAUCAUCAAUUAACACAAUGACCUCUUCCUCUACAGAAGCCAGUAGCCAACCAGCAAGAACUAGUAACACAGUGACCUCUUCCAGCAAUGAUGCAAGUGGACAACCAUCUACUUUUAGUUACACAGUGACAUCUUCUAGCAAUGUAACUUAUAGUGAACCAGCAUCAUUCAGCAAAACAGUGACCUCUCCUACUAAUGGAAUGAGUAGCCAGUCAGCAACAGUCAGUAACACAGUAACCUCUUCUAGUAAUGUAACAUAUACCCAACCUUCAUCAAUAAAUAAUACAGUUACUUCUUCUACAGGAGCCAGUAGCUAUUCAGCAACAACCAGUAACACAGUAACCUCUUCUAGCAAUGUAACACAUACCCAACCUUCAUCAAUAAGUAACACAGUGACUUCUUCUACAGGAACCAAUAGCCACCCAGCAACAGCCAGUAACAUAGUAACCUCUUCUUUCAAUGUAACACAUACCCAACCUUCAUCAAUAAAUAAUACAGUGACUUCUUCUAUAGGAGCCAGUAGCUAUCCACCAACAGCCAGUAACACAGUAACCUCUUCUAGCAAUGUAACACAUAGCCAGCCUUCAUCAAUAAAUAAUACAGCAACUUCUUCUACAGGAACCAGUAGCCAUCCAGCAACAGCCAGUAGCACAGUAACCUCUUCUAUCAAUGUAACACAUAGCCAGCCUUCAUCAAUAAAUAAUACAGCAACUUCUUCUACAGGAACCAGUAGCCAUCCAGCAACAGCCAGUAGCACAGUAACCUCUUUUAUCAAUGUAACACAUACCCAGCCUUCAUCAAUAAAUAAUACAGCAACUUCUUCUACAGGAACCAGUAGCCAUCCAGCAACAGCCAAUAGCACAGUAACCUCUUCUAUCAAUGUAACACAAAGCCAGCCUUCAUCAAUAAAUAAUACAGCAACUUCUUCUUUAGGAGCCAGUAGCCAUCCACCAACAGCCAGUAACACAGUAACCUCUUCUAGCAAUGUAACACAUACCCAACCUUCAUCAAUAAAUAAUACAGCAACUUCUUCUUUAGGAGCCAGUAGCCAUCCAGCAACAGCCAGUAAUCCAGUAACAUCUUAUAGCAAUGUAACAUAUACCAAGCCUUCAUCAAUAAAUAAUACAGCAACUUCUUCUACAGGAGACAGUAGCCACCCAGCAACAGCCAGUAACACAGUAACCUCUUCUAGCAAUGUAACACAUAGCCAGCCUUCAUCAAUAAAUUAUACAGUGACUUCAUCUACAGGAGACAGUAGCCAUCCAGCAACAGCCAGUAACACAGUAACCUCUUCUAGCAAUGUAACACAUACCCAACCUUCAUCAAUAAAUAAUACAGCAACUUCUUCUACAGGAACCAGUAGCCAUCCAGCAACAGCCAGUAACACAGUAACCGCUUCUAGCAAUGUAACACAUACCCAACCUUCAUCAAUAAAUAAUACAGCAACUUCUUCUUUAGGAGCCAGUAGCCAUCCAGCAACAGCCAGUAAUCCAGUAACAUCUUAUAGCAAUGUAACAUAUACCAAGCCUUCAUCAAUAAAUAAUACAGCAACUUCUUCUACAGGAGACAGUAGUCACCCAGCAACAGCCAGUAACACAGUAACCUCUUCUAGCAAUGUAACACAUACCCAACCUUCAUCAAUAAAUAAUACAGCAACUUCUUCUACAGGAAACAGUAGCCAUCCAGCAACAGCCAGUAACACAGUAACCUAUUCUAGCAAUGUAACACAUACCCAACCCUCGUCAAUAAGUAACACAGUGACUUCUUCUACAGGAGACAGUAGCCAUCCAGCAACAGUCAAUAACACAGUAACCUCUUCUAGCAAUGUAACACAUACCCAACCUUCAUCAAUAAAUAAUACAGUGACGUCUUCUACAGGAACCAGUAGCCAUCCAGCAACAACCAGUAACACAGUACCCUCUUCUAGCACUGUAACACAUAGCCAAACUUCAUCAAUAAAUAAUACAGCAACUUUUUCUACAGGAGCCAGUAGCCAUCCAGCAACAGCCAGUAAUCCAGUAACAUCUUAUAGCAAUGUAACAUAUACCAAGCCUUCAUCAAUAAAUAAUACAGCAACUUCUUCUACAGGAGACAGUAGCCACCCAGCAACAGCCAGUAACACAGUAACCUCUUCUAGCAAUGUAACACAUACCCAACCUUCAUCAAUAAAUAAUACAGCAACUUCUUCUACAGGAAACAGUAGCCAUCCAGCAACAGCCAGUAACACAGUAACCUAUUCUAGCAAUGUAACACAUACCCAAUCUUCAUCAAUAAAUAAUACAGCAACUUCUUCUACAGGAACCAGUAGCCAUCCAGCAACAGCCAGUAACACAGUAACCUCUUCUAGCAAUGUAACACAUACUCAACCCUCAUCAAUAAGUAACACAGUGACUUCUUCUACAGGAGACAGUAGCCAUCCAGUAACAGUCAAUAACACAGUAACCUCUUCUAGCAAUGUAACACAUACCCAACCUACAUCAAUAAAUAAUACAGUGAUGUCUUCUACAGGAACCAGUAGCCAUCCAGCAACAACCAGUAACACAGUACCCUCUUCUAGCACUGUAACACAUAGCCAACCUUCAUCAAUAAAUAAUACAGCAACUUUUUCUACAGGAACCAGUAGCCAUACAGCAACAUCCAGUAACACAGUAACCUCUUCAAGCAAUGUAACACAUACCCAACCUUCAUCAAUAAAUAAUACAGCAACUUCUUCUACAGGAACUAGUAGCCAUCCAGCAACAGCCAGUAACACAGUAACCUCUUCUAGCAAUGUAACACAUACCCAAAGUUCAUCAAUAAAUAAUACAGCAACUUCUUCUACAGGAACAAGUAGCCAUCCAGCAACAGCCAGUAACACAGUAACAUCUUCAAGCAAUGUAACAUAUACCCAAUCCUCAUCAAUAAGUAACACAGUGACUUCUUCUACAGGAGACAGUAGCCAUCCAGCAUUAAUCAGUAACACAGUAACCUCUUUUAGCAAUGUAACACAUACCCAACCUUCAUCAAUAAAUAAUACAGUGACUUCUUCUACAGGAACCAGUAGCCAUCCAGCAACAGCCAGUAACACAGUACCCUCUUCUAGCACUGUAACACAUAGCCAACCUUCAUCAAUAAAUAAUACAGCAACUUCUUCUUCAGGAACCAGUAGCCAUCCAGCAACAGCCAGUAACACAGUAACCUCUUCUAGCAAUGUAACACAUACCCAACCUUCAUCAAUAAAUAAUACAGCAACUUCUUCUACAGGAACUAGUAGCCUUCCAGCAACAGCCAGUAACACAGUAACCUCUUCUAGCAAUGUAACACAUACCCAAAGUUCAUCAAUAAAUAAUACAGCAACUUCUUCUACAGGAACCAGUAGCCAUCCAGCAACAGCCAGUAACACAGUAACCUCUUUUAGCAAUGUAACACAUAGCCAAACUUCAUCAAUAAGUAACAGAGUGACUUCUUCCUCUACAGGAACCAGUAGCCAACCUGAAAUAACUAGUAACACAGUGACUUCUUCCAACAAUAUAACAAGUGGGCAACCAUUAACAUCCAGUAACAAAGUCACCUCCUUUAAUAAUAUGACUUAUAGCCAACAAGCCUCAGUCAGCCUUAUAAUGACCUCUUCCACUGCCAAAACCAGUGGCCAACCGGCAAUAACCAAUGUUACAAGUGGGCAACCUUUAGCAUCCAGUAAUAUGGUGACCACUUUUAUCAAUGUGACGUACAGCCAACCAUCUUCAGUCACCAACACAGGGACCUCUUCUUCUACUGAAAACAGCAGUCAACCAUCACAAAACAAUAACACAGUGACUUCUUCUACCCGUGCAAUGAGUGGGCAGCCAUUAACGUCAAGUAACAUACUGACUUCUGCAAAUUCAAUAACUAGCACUGUGACAUCCUUCACAGUAAGCAGUGGAUCUACAAUUACUAAUUCUACAGCAACCACUGCCAGAACUGGUAUUACCAGCCAACCAACAUCAGUUUCAUCAGCAGACAACGGUCUUCCAGCUUGGUCUGUUAUUCUUAUUAGUCUUGCCGCUUGUUUGGGUGCCAUCUUGCUUGUAGGUGCAGCGUUUAUGGGGUAG